AGGUGAUGCACACACCUGGGACCGGAGCGCUUGGUGACGUUCAGGGAUUAUAAUGGUUAACCUGUUUCAUAAUUAAAAGUAUUCUGUCAGUAUAUUUGAAAUGACUAGGUUAGCUGGUUAGCUAGCUAGCACAUCAGCUGUGACAGUUUGCCAACUUAAUGAUCCCCGAACAGCAAAAAGCGCUCCGGUACCAGUGCAUCACUUUUUAGUGUCCCCUGGUUUCCGUCGUGUUUUGGACUUCUUGCAGCGUUUCGUUUAUGCAGCUCUUUUAUCAAUGUGCAUGUGUUGUCAGGUUGGUGAAGAUUUUUUCAUUUGCAUGUGUUUUGACACAUUUGUAUAUUUAUAUUUGCAACCUUAUUUCAAACGGCAGCGUGUUUUGGGAUGUUCUAUCGCGUGUGCACUGUUGGCUACUGUUUAUUUCACCCAUUCUCCGGUCUCUUGUCCUCAUGCAUUUACUACCCUCCUCUGCUAAUUAUAUAGAACACUCGCUGAUACAACGCCAUGCUUUUGUUUUCUGUGUUUGCAGAGGAACAUCCUAAUAGCUGGUUCCCCAAAGAGAAUAUGUUCAGCUUUCAGACAGCCACCACCACCAUGCAGGCAAUAUCAAACUUCCGCAAACAACUUAGGAUGGUGGGCAGCCGCAGGGUGAAGGUCCAGACCUAUGCCGACCGCCGGGCCCGGAGUUUCAGCCGCUCGUGGAGUGACCCCACCCCCGUCAAGCCUGAGUCCCUGCAUGACUCCAGAGACAGUGGGGAGCUUCAGACCUCCACAGGGACACUAGAUGAAGGGCUGGACGAGUAUGCCGACUGGGAGGAGGAGAGGGAGUUGGAGAGAGUGUCCUGUGAGGAAGAGGACUUCAUGCCACCUAAGAUCAUGCUGAUAUCCUCCAAGGUCCCGAAGGCUGAAUAUGUUCCCAACAUUAUUCGCAGGGACGACCCCUCCAUCAUCCCCAUUCUUUAUGACCAUGAACAUGCCACAUUUGAUGAUAUCCUCGAGGAGAUAGAGAAGAAGCUGACUGCCUACAGAAAAGGCUGUAAAAUCUGGAGCAUGCUCAUUUUCUGCCAGGGAGGUCCGGGACAUCUGUACCUGCUGAAGAACAAAGUGGCCACCUUUGCAAAGGUGGAGAAGGAAGAAGACAUGAUCCAAUUCUGGCGGCGGCUCAGCAGGCUGAUGAGUAAACUGAACCCCAAGCCCAACCUCGUGCACAUCAUGGGCUGCUACGUGCUGGGCAGCGCUAACGGAGAAAAGCUGAUUCAGACUCUUAAGAGGCUGAUGAGACCGGCUGUAGUGGAUUUCAAGUCCCCACUGGAGCUGUCUGCAGAGGGCAAAGAGAUGAUCGAGAUGUACUUUGACUUCCGUCUGUUCCGCCUGUGGAAAAGCCGUCAGCACUCCAAGCUGCUGGACUACGAAGACCUCUUGUGAUUUGAUCCACGUUGGCUUGUUGGCCGGUUAUCUCCCUUGUGAGCCUGCUGAAGGGCUGAGGCCUGAGAGGCUCUGUGCACAGCUGGAUAUUUUUCCCUCUGGAGCGACAGGGUGGCCCUGUAGAUUCAGCCCAGCAGUGUACUUUUUCUCCCUUACCGAUUUUCACUUUCUGCCUAUCUCAGAGAAAAGAGAAAGAGGGGGACAAGAAAAAGGAGGAGAGGCGCAGGACUCAUCAUCCUAAAGAAGAUGCUUACUGCAGUUAGACUCCUGAGGAUGUUAAGCGUAACGAGGGACAGCUGAGAACAGGGAGAACUCUCUUUUCUUUCUUAGCCAACCUAUCUGCUGCUUUAAGAUGGAGGCGUAUAAGGAUGGUGGUGUUUUCUUUAUCAGGUGUGUGCUUACUGCAGCCUUAGAAAAUAGAUGUCCAGCAUCUAUCGCUACGUGAAAAUACAGGCUUUAGUCUUACUAAUUAAUUAAAAGUUGUGUUUUUAACACAGCUUUAAAUAAAUGUAUUAGGAUUCCGUAGAGACUGUUGUAUUGACUCAGGUUCAGUCCCUUGUUUGAUACUGACAAUUGUCCUCACCGUCGGCACAUACUGUAGAUCCUUCAUACUUCACACACAGUCAUCCUCAGUGAACGCUAUGACUGUCAGGGAUGUCAUAUUUUAACCUUGAGGGAAAAGAGAUUGUUUCCUUUAAGUCUUUCAGGUCAACCAUACAUUCAUGUUUGAUCACUUUACUGCAUCGCAUUAGACCAACACAGCCGACCGUUUGGGUUGCACGUGUGCUCUUGAAUUUAUUUAUUUUCUGCGGAUUUGAUGAGAAACCAUGAAGACUUCCUGCCCCUCAUUUGUUUUAGAUUAAAGUUGAGGGAUGAUUCAGGGGAGGAAUUUCAUUGUAAUUUAUAUUCUUAUUAUAUCUACUAUUACUAUUAUUUGAUAUGUGCCAUUCGUUAACACAUGCUUCCAGUAAGCUUUCCUGUGCACUGUAAAUGGCUGAGUGUUUGAGCAUUACCUAUAUAUCCUCAUUGCCAUUGAAGAUAUAAGACAGGCUAUUAGAUAUUAUUGAAGUAGAUAAAUGUCUUAAUGAUACUGUUAUUUAGUGUGUUACAAUACUCGCUGCUUUGGAAGUGUGUCUAAUACCGGGUUGAAGCCCUUUAGGUACACUUAAUUGUAUUAGGUUACUGUAGUUGUAAGCAUAAUAUUAAGUUUAGAUAAAAAAAUAUUAGGUUCAACUUAAUAGUAUUGCUUUCAACUAACCUUAUAUGAAAUCUGUUGACAUAAUACAUUUAAUUAAAGUAAACAUUUGAGUUAUUUCAGUGUAGAUGAAGGACGAGGCUACAUACUGUCACAGCCGGUUCUGAUUUACUGUCAGAAUACUGAAUCUGUAUACAAAUAAGAGUAUUUUGGUAUUCAAUUUGUCAGACGAGACUGGUUAACUUUCAGAGCCCAAUUGCAGCACAGGUUUCAUAAUGACCAAAGUAUAAAACAGCUGCUAUUUCUAAUUUAGGUAAUUUAGUAAAGAGUCUUAUUACUGCAAAUUCUAAACUGUAUUUUAUUUAUGAUAUGUCUACUGCACUCUGCUGCUUACAGUUUCUCUUAUUUCAUUCAAUUUCCAAUGGCUUCCACUUUGCCAUCUUUCGUGUGUGGGGAAGUAGGGUUUUGUUAGCAACAAAAAUCAUUCAUAUGUGUCGCAAGUUUGGUUCAACAGAAUAAUCUAGAGAUAUUUAUACCACUUUUAGGUUUUUUUAAGUUUAUAAGCUAACGUUAGGCUAUAAACAAGCUACAUCACGAUUUCAAGGCUGCAGAUUGUCACCGCUAAGCUAAGGACGGCUAAUGCUUGAAAAUGCAUGAUGACAUUUGGAGGUGGUAGAAGUACUCAGAUCUUGUACUUGAGUAAAAGUAGAAGUACUCAGGUCUUGUACUUGAGUUAAAGUAGAAGUACCAGAGUAUAGGAAUACUCUGUUACAGUAAAAGUCCCUCAAUCAAAAUGUUCCUCAAGUAGAAAGUAUUCUCAUCAAAAUAUAGUGAAAGUAGCGACAGUAAAAGUAGUCGUUGUUUGAUUGGUCCAUUUCAGAAUAAUAUAUAUGAUAUGUUUUAUAAUGAUUGAUCAUGAAAGUGUUCUCAAAGCUGCUAAAGGUGCAGCUAGUUUGAAUGGCUUUGUAUACUGCAGGGUAGCUUGUGGAUUUACUCCAGGUGGAACUAAAGUCUGAUUUAACACUUGAUUAGAUUUCACAUCAUUCAUCCACAUCUGUAAAGUAACUAAAGAUAUUAAAUAAAUGUAGUGGAGUAAUAGUGCAAUAUUUACAAAAUUGUUCUUAAGUACAAUACUUGAGUAAAUGUACAUAGUUACUAUCCACCUUUGGUUAUCUAAUUCAGACACUUGUUAGAUACCGCCGUUUUUAUGACACGUAUAAGCUUUAGACAUUUAUGAGUGGAGUGUUUACUGACGUAUUUCACGUUUUAGAACCAAACGUGAAAAUCUCCUCAGCUUUUGUUGAUGAACAUGUUUAUUUCCGCCUUUUAACCACAAACACACUAAAUAUACCAUUGGCUUUAAGAUGAGGGAACCGGAAGUGCUAACUCAUUUACGAGUUUUAGGACUCAUUCCUGCCCCCCUUUAUCUAGCUACCAUCAAUACAAAAAGUCAACACUUACAUGGAUGGAUUUAGUGUCGUGGAAAUGUACACUAUGCUGAAUGCCAAAUCAAUAUCUUGGUAAAAUCAUGUGAAAUGUUGCAGGUUGGUCCAUGUCUGCAAAGUAUUCCCUUUUGUUUGUGCUGGCCAUGAAAUCUGCAAUUAUUGCAACACUGACUUUAUUUCAAAUGUGUUAGUAGAGUAUAUCUCUUAUUGCCAGUAGGUGCUCUUGAUAACAUUGCUUGUUCACUAAAUGUAUACAACACUUAAAUAUUCAUUCAUGUUUAAUUAAACAGCACGGCCCUUUCUCUUUGGACUGGUGCAUUGUAGCGCAGAUGCUAACGUUUCUCAGAGGCUGUCUUCUGCUCCUGCAAAAUCAACUAUGCUGUGUUUGCUCAGUGAGCUCUUUGCCUAGAAGUAGGAUCUGUGCGUGUUAUUGUGUGCAUAUUCAGGAUUUUGCCUCAUUCUGAAAUGUAUUUGUUUAAGCUCUCCAAAUCUUCCUCCUGUAGCAAUGUGUGAAUAUUCCUGUAUGAUUUUUCUAAAUCUGUAAAAUGUACAAGAUAGAGAACAUUGUUUAAGGUAUUGUAUUGGUCUUUAAGAUAUAAGGAUUUAAAUGUUGUUGAUAAACUGUGGAUGAUGAAAGGAAACCUGACUGCAUGUACAGCAUAUAUAUUUAUAUAGAGGACUGUUCCGCUUUCUCCUCUGCCACAAACCCCCGAGCCUACUAACAUGGCUGCUCAAUUCUACUGCAUUUCACCACGACGCAUAUAAUCUGCUGCUGUGUUUGGAUAAAAAGCAAGUGUAGUUAAAUUAAGAACAUUGCCAAGAGCUUCAUGAGUUCCUAAUCAUUUUUACGAUAACAAUGAAAAUAAUUUUUGCUGAAGAUUCCUGAUAAGGUCUCAUGUUGUAGCCCACAGCAACACUGGUAACAUUGUGAAAGAGCCCAACAAUAGAGUGUUAAGAUGCAUUCUCAUGAAACGCGGUAAAAUGGCGCUGGCUUUGUGUUUGAAAGGGGAGAGUUCUGCCAUCAAACUACGAGGAAGAGUUACCUUCGGCACCGCGCACUGUUAGAAACUGUCGUCUAGCUCGAAGUUCAAAUCUUUCAACUUUGACUUUGAUUGCCGCUAACCUUUAUAACAGCUGCACAAGCUAGCAGGGGAGGUAACCAUAGAAACAAACUAAACUGGCUGUUUCACCUCAAGCCUCUGUGCUCAACCUCGUGGUGAGCAAAGAGCCAACGUGUAUAAUGUGAAUGCAGCUUUAGAAAGCAAACUGUAUCAUUAGCACUAGCUGGCUAACUUAGCUGAUAACAUGGUCCAAAACACAACAUUAGCAGUGUUCUGUUCAGUUAUGUGAAGCAUUUUGGAAUCAAGGCUUGCUAAGGACAACAUAAACUACACUUUAAUCACCCGACCAAUAGUAUUUAUGGUUCUAUUCCCAAAAUAAUGUAAAGUUGAAAUUAAAAGUAACACGGCAAGGAUGUAGGACUUCUUUAAUAAAAGCAUGCAUAUUACACAUUUAAACAUUUACAUUUUUUGCCCUGAAUUUGUUACUACUAAAACUAAAUUGGUUUGAUAUACUAGCUAUGUCAAUUUGAUAUUUCUCCUAAUCCUCUUUGGUCUAACAUGUUAAGACUCAAGAUCGACAUACUGUCACAUAAAUGACUUAUGGCGAACAUAGCAAAACCUUUUAUCGAGCUCACAGAAAGCAACAUCAUCAUACAUUUGAAGUUGUAGGCUUGGUCGCCUUACACUUAAAUAAGUCUUGUUUGUUUGUUUUUUUCAUGUGAUUAGCGAAACCCUCAGAAUUUGCAUUAAUUGCCAGUAAAAUGACGGUGAACAUUUUAACCUAAAAAGUACCCAGAUAAGUUGCUCUCAUAUAUAAGCUAAAAACCUCAGUAUGGAUUAGAGGAACAUGAGAGUGAUAAUUAUUAGUGGGUUUGUUGUAACACAGUCAUUUGACACAUGUGCGUACAGUAGGAGCAUUGGAGAAAACGGGACAAAGUGAGUUGGCAGGAUAACCUCUGAGUCGUGAAGGGACAAUCUUGGCAACAUUGUUUGGACUUUGGGACAGCACAUAAGCCACAGACAUAAGUAUCUCAGAAGUCAGCAGACUCUUUAAAGAGGACUUGUAUUUAUAAUAACGCAGUUUGAGCAAGCGAGCGAUACACAGUUUGACAUUAAACCCGCCACUUCUAUUCCCAUAGAAUAUAAUUACACAAAUCAAGACAUUGAUCUUUGAACGCGUCCUGUUAUUUCCCAAAGGAAACAGUGUGUCACCAUUAUGCAAAGAGGACAUUUCCCCCAGUUUGAUGGAUUAUUAAUAAACUGGGUUGUGACUUC